AUGCCUAACAAGAAAAGUAAAGUUAAAGGUCCAAAAGUGAAUACAAUUACCACUAAAGACGGUGAAUCUGUUAAAAUUUUUGAAGAUAUGAAUGAUUUUGAGACAUAUUUGAAAAAUGAAACGGAGGAUAAUGAAUUUGAUCAUGUUCAUUGUAAAUUAAAAUAUUAUCCACCUUUUGUAUUACGUGGUGCACAUGAUGAUCCAGAUAAGAUUAAAGAUACAGCAAAUUGUCAUUCACGUAAAUAUGUACGCCAUUUAAAACAACAUGUUGAAAAACAUUUAUUAAAAGAUAUUGGACAAUCUUUACAAAAUCCUGAAUUAAGAUUUAAUAAUAAAUCUAAACAAGAAACUUUUGAUACAAUUACUUGGAAAUAUGAAGAUGAAACAGAAUUAAAUCAAAAAAAAUUUAAAAUUGACGUGGAAAUUUGCUGUCAUAAUAAUGGCGCAUUGGUUGAUGUAGAUUAUAAGACAGGUCCAAUUAUUCCUAAUAAUGAACCGCCAUCUGAUUCGAUAAUCUAA